GAAAAAAAAGGAAAAAUGGAAGAAGAAAAGAAACGAUAAAUUCGUCAGUGGUAACGAUAAAGUUUUGAAAGAUAAGUGUGUACAUGUACAAUCGUAUGGGAUCAAUGAAAUUGAGGGCAUCCCAAGUACGAUUACAUGUCCGAUCGAUAGAUCCCACGCGAAGUUUCCGUUAGGAAACUAAGAUCCACUCACGCGAUCCCUUCCGUGAUUUUUCUUCCUUUAUAAUAACAAAGCGAGGAAUUACCAAUUUGAAGAAAUUCUUUUCUUUCUCUCUUUCUCUCUCUCUCUCUCACUUUCUUUUUUUAAUGUUAAUAUUAUCUAAGAAAGACGAUCACAUACCUACACGUGACCAGUUUCUCACUUCCACAGACGUCCGAUCGAUUAAUCACUCGCAAUUACGCCUACGCGCGAUCGAUCGCACUUCCUUCGAAGUAAAGGAUAAUCCUCUUUACUCGACGCACUUAUCCGAAGGAUCUAUUAAAAGGAAAGUAACUCGUACUUGGACCCAUCGUGAGCCGGACCAUCCCACGCACAUAGUUCUCCCAGGAGAUUUCUCGUGACCUCGCGUUAUGCGGACCACCUCGGCCUACUCCUACUCUCUCUCUCUCUCUCUCUCUCUCUCUCUCUUUCUCUCUUUUACUUAGCUAUAUUCAACCACUUUGUGUCUUUUUCUUUUCCUUUUUCUCCUCUCUUCUUUCAUGUCGGUGGACUACCUACCAGCGGCCAUUACGUACCACCAGUCUCACACUCGUCGCGGAGGAAAGCCGAAGCGUGGGUUAAUAUCGGCCGACAGUGCACCUGGAUCGUUGCGUCUCUUGGAUGAAAAGUGGAAGCGAGAUGGAGGGAUGAGAUAGAAGAAGAAGAAGAAAGAAAGAGAAAGAGAGAGAGAGAGAGAGAGAGAGAGAUAAGGUGGCGCGAAGGAAGUCGAAGGGAGGAGGACGUUUAAGUAUCGCCUGGUUUCCCCGGUUCUUGCCAGCUGUUUACAAUCCUGGAAGACCGAGGUGGUACAUGCCAUGGUACAACGUCCUGGUACCACCGACUAUGAAACAGACUAUCCAGAAUGAGACGUCGAGCUUACAAUGGCAUGACUAUAUAAUCAUUGGUAUAGUCCUACUAAUCUCUGCCAGCAUUGGGAUCUAUUAUCGGUUCACAGGCGGUCAACAACGAACUACCGAGGAAUACUUCUCAGCUAAUCGAUCCAUGAAGAUUUUGCCAUUGGGGAUAGCCAUGACAGUUUCCUUCAUAUCCGCGAUUACGAUCCUUGGAAUCAGCGCGGAAAUCUACGUCCAUGGCAUGAUGUUGAUCGUGCUUACCAUUGGCUUCCUUAUUGGAACGCCUAUUGCCAUGUACUUCUACCUACCAGUCUUCUUCGAGUUGAAAGUCAUAAGCGUCUUCGAGUAUAUAGAGAGAAGAUUUGGAAUAAAGGUUCGUUUAUUGGCCAGCGUCGCAAACUUCUGCCAUAUGAUUUUACACACGGGAAUCGUUCUUUACGCUCCCUCAAUAGCCCUAGAGGCAACCACCGGCUUGUCCAGUACCUUAAGUAUCAUCUUAAUCGGCGUAAUCUGUACGUUCUAUUCAACGAUCGGUGGGAUCAAGGCUGUCUUAAUAAGUGACGUUUUCCAAGGCCUACUUAUGUUCCUAUCGACAUUGUGCGUUAUUGGAAUUGGUUCCAGUAUCCUACCAAAUGGAAUUUAUGAUGUUUGGGAUAGAGCUAUAAGAGGUGAUCGUAUAAAUUUGAACGUGUUCACUUUGGAUCUUACUAUACGCCAUACAUGGUGGGGUCUAUUAUUUGGCGGAAUUUGCAUGUUUCUUACACUUUUUGCCGUUGGUCAGGUCCAGGUCCAACGUCUUUUGACUGUCAAAAACUUGAGAGCAUCCCAGAUGGCCCUAAUAUUGAGUUCUGUAAUAAUGUUUACCCUGAUAAUGACCACCUCCUUCUCAGGCCUGGUUAUGUAUGCUGUUUACAUGGAUUGCGAUCCAAUGAAGUCUGGAAAAAUAUCAUCCAGCGAUAAACUUAUGCCAUAUUUUGUAAUUGACAAAUUGUCUUAUAUACCUUGCUUCACGGGGCUCUUCAUUUCCGGAGUCUUCAGUGCAAGCCUAAGCACGAUCUCGGCAAUGUUGAAUUCACUUGCCGCACUUGCCAUCGAGGAUUAUAUAAAACCGAUUUAUUCGAAAAUUGGUGCUACAUUUCCAAAAGAAAAAGCAACACUUUUGGGUAAACUACUUGCCGUUUUAAAUGGAAUAUUCUGUGUCUCUAUCGCCCUGAUAGCUGGAAAACUCGGUAGCUUAAUCGAGGCGGUGAUUGGAUUGGUAGGAAUAAUUGGUGGCCCUUUAUUGGGUAUCUUCACAUUUGGAAUGUUUUUCGAAAGUGCCAAUGAAAUUGGUGCAAUCGUUGGAAUGAUUUUCACUGUGAUUACGUUAGGUUUUAUAUCUUACGGUUCGAAAGUGACUGUAACGACAUUGCCAGUGUCCAUUGAUGGUUGUGAGAAUGAAACGUUACUGAUGUUGAAUGAGACAAUUGGAUUAAACUCGACUAUCAGUAACAAUUCGAACGUUCCAUAUAUAAAUCGAAUAUCGUACACUUGGUAUCCAGUGAUUGGAAUGUUAUUAACAAUUAUCGUGGGAUAUUUGACCAGUUUAAUAACAAACAAUUGUAUUGGCAAUACACGUGAGUACGAUCCUAAUCUCUUUACACCGUUUAUUGCGGCUAGGAUCAAAAAGAGACGUCAAAAUGAACAAAGGGUGACGUCCAGUCAGAUGUUCGUUUUAGAACCGAGUUAUAGAAAAUAAAAUGGAAUUAAUUUAAAUAAAGUGACACGUUAUUACUUACAUACGUAUAAACGUAUUAUAAAUAUUGUGUUCAUAAAUUAUAAAUAAUAUCGAUGUCAAUUUAUAAAUGCCUAUUAAUGUCAUCGUAAUUGUUAAAUUUUCGAAGUGAGAUUUUCUCUUACGAAGGAGAGAAAAACAUGAAAAAAGAGAGAAAAAAGAAAGAAAGAAAAAAAAAAAAAAAAAAAAAAAGAAAAAAAGAAAAAAAAAAGAACAAAGGAAGGAAGAAAAAGAAAUAA